AUGUCUCUUGCCGAACAUAUCGAAAAGCUUCGGUCGAUCCUGAGGUCCGACGAAAUCAUACUCCCAGGUUCACAUCUGUACAGAGCAGAGUCUUUGCCCUGGGCGCUCCAGAAAGACCUGAAACCGGCCAUAGUCAUUCGUCCCACGACUCUCGAAUCAUUGAGCAAAGCAUUGGCACACCUUUCGAGAACAGGCCUACGCCUUGGCAUUCGAAGUCAAGGUAUUGGCUCGGCUUCGGCAAAAGAUGUCUUGAUCAGCAUGACAGCAUUUGAUGAUGUCGACAUUGACCGGCAAAACGAAAUUGUGACGGUAGGAGCAGGACAGAGCUGGGGCCAAUAUUAUGAGAAGAUGGACAAGAUUGCGCCUGAUUAUGCAACCGUAUCUAUUCGAACGCCCAGUGUGGGCGUGGGCGGAAGCAUCUUAGGUGGUGGGUAUUCCUGGCUCUCCUCAGAAUAUGGGUUGACCUCAGACCCGGCCAACCUGCUUGAUGCCCAGAUUGUCAAAGUCGACGGGACUGUCCUAUGGGCGUCCGAAGAUCCAGAAUUGCUCUGGGGACUGAGAGGGACGUAUGGUGCAUUUGGUGUGGUCACUCGAUACAGACUUCGAGCUCGCAAGUAUGAGGCUCAGACCUGGGGCGGGUACAUUUUCAUCCCGAAGAGAGAACUGAGAGCUGUCGUCAGAGGCAUUGCCGCUAUGGAUGCAAGGCCCCCAAAUCCCAAAGUCGCUCUCUGUCUCUUUGUGAUGAGGAAAGAGCAGUUGGCACAUAUGGGUGCCCAAGAAGACAUGCUGAUGGUCCUUGUAUUUGAUGCGCUUGGUGAAACACAUGGGAGAAGUGACGAUGGCUUUAGAUGGGCGCUGGAUUGUCCGGGGGCUGUCGACACAACCAAGAUAAUUGGCUUGUCAGGUAUGGCCAAAUUGCAAGAAAAUGUUGGUAAAGCCAAGGGUAGUGCCAACGUUUGGUGGGCUCCAAUAGCAUUAAGCAGGAUCGAUGAGGCGACACUUACUCGAGCGUUUGACUGGUAUGAUAAUGUUGCUGCUUCACCGGGUUCAGUAGGAAAGCGAGCGACAUUGUUUCUCGAAAUUUUCACAACGCGAGAUUCUCUGACAUCCAACACGGAUUCCGCUUGGCCACGUCCUCAAGGCUUUCAGCACAAGAUAACGAUUGGCGCCGGGACGGAUAUUGGAGAGCCCACAGAACAAACCGAAAUGGCAAGGAGGCUGGUCAAAGAUGGUCCAAAACAGAUAGUGAACACGACACGGCCGAUUCAAAUCGUACCGAAUGCAAUGGAAGACUUCCAUGACCCUGUCACACAGGUGUACCGCGAGCAUUACCCGAGACUCCAAGCCCUGAAGAAAAGAUAUGAUCCGGACAAUAGACUUGGAGGACCUAUUAAAUUAGUAUAA